AACAGUGAAAUGCUUGGUAAACAACAGGUGUAGACUAACAGGGAAAUGCUUGGUAAACAACAGGUGUAGACUAACAGUGAAAUGCUUGGUAAACAACAGGUGUAGACUAACAACAACAGGUGUAGACUAACAGUGAAAUGCUUGGUAAACAACAGGUGUAGACUAACAGUGAAAUGCUUGGUAAACAACAGGUGUAGACUAACAGGGAAAUGCUUGGUAAACAACAGGUGUAGACUAACAGUGAAAUGCUUGGUAAACAACAGGUGUGGACUAACAGGGAAAUGCUUGGUAAACAACAGGUGUAGACUAACAGAGAAAUGCUUGGUAAACAACAGGUGUAGACUAACAACAACAGGUGUAGACUAACAGAGAAAUGCUUGGUAAACAACAGGUGUAGACUAACAGUGAAAUGCUUGGUAAACAACAGGUAUAGACUAACAGUGAAAUGCUUGGUAAACAACAGGUGUAGACUAACAGUGAAAUGCUUGGUAAACAACAGGUGUAGACUAACAGUGAAAUGCUUGGUAAACAACAGGUGUGGACUAACAGGGAAAUGCUUGGUAAACAACAGGUGUAGACUAACAGAGAAAUGCUUGGUAAACAACAGGUGUAGACUAACAACAACAGGUGUAGACUAACAGUGAAAUGCUUGGUAAACAACAGGUGUAGACUAACAGUGAAAUGCUUGGUAAACAACAGGUGUAGACUAACAGUGAAAUGCUUGGUAAACAACAGGUGUAGACUAACAGAGAAAUGCUUGGUAAACAACAGGUGUAGACUAACAACAACAGGUGUAGACUAACAGAGAAAUGCUUGGUAAACAACAGGUGUAGACUAACAGUGAAAUGCUUGGUAAACAACAGGUGUAGACUAACAGGGAAAUGCUUGGUAAACAACAGGUGUAGACUAACAGGGAAAUGCUUGGUAAACAACAGGUGUAGACUAGCUGAUUUAUCUGCCUCUUCCGAACAAAGAAAAACUGAAAAAUGACACAAAGGAAUAAAUACACGAUGAGGAUACCGGGAGCUGUAAGAAAAGGCCAAUGAUCAAAGAUCUUGAACUAUUUUUUAAACUCCACAUUUGAAGUUUUAAUUUCUAUUUUAUGUCUAUCUUUUCAAUUAUAUUUAAAUCGUAUUCUGAUUGUUUCAUAAUUUUCGAUGAUAUUCUGAUUUAAUGUCUUCAGUUUCGGUUGGAAAGGAAAGGGUUAACGAGGGGGGGGGAUCCAAUCAUGAGUUUUCUAUGCCGGUCUCCGGGGAGAUAAAACUAGCUAUCUAGUUUAGCCAUUGUAAAGGAAAAAUGUAUCCUACACUAUGAUUUCUUCCGUUAAUAUAAAGUGUGUUGAAAACAAAUUUUUAUUGUAGAUUUGACGUGGUAAACGAGGCAAUUAAAGAAUUUCUUUAAUUUCUACGGCAUCAUCUUCAAAUAGAUAAAUCACUUUUAGUCUGCUCAAGAAGAACGUAUUAAACAUGACAUUUUCCGCUUAACGAUAGAUCAGCUGGCGAUUAAUUCAUUGGUAGAUCAGCUGGCGAUUAAUUCAUUGGUAGAUCAGCUGGCGAUUAAUUCAUUGGUAGAUCAGCUGGCGAUUAAUUCAUUGGUAGAUCAGCUGGCGAUUAAUUCAUUGGUAGAUCAGCUGGCGAUUAAUUCAUUGGUAGAUCAGCUGGCGAUUAAUUCAUUGGUAGAUCAGCUGGCGAUUAAUUCAUUGGUAGAUCAGCUGGCGAUUAAUUCAUUGGUAGAUCAGCUGGCGAUUAAUUCAUUGGUAGAUCAGCUGGCGAUUUAAUGAAUUGGUCGUCAGUGAUUGGUCCAUGGAUGGCUUCCUUAUAACCAGGAAACAAGACUUGUAACCUGUUUUAUUCUGUCCACAGAGUCCAAUGUGAGAAACUACAGGUUGAGGCUGCCCAGAAUCAACGAACGGAUCUGAACUCAAUAUUCAGGGUUUCGCUGAUUUAUCAUACAAACUUAUAUCAAAUUAACUCCACAAAUAACACACCAGAGUACAUUUAGUUUUGAUGAACUGUUCUGGGUUUGUUGUCCAUUUCAGGUGCUUGAAGACCGGGUCGUUGUUUUGGUAAAACGUGAGUUGAAGAGGUUCAAGAGGAUACUGAGUGAAGUUCAGAGGGAGGAUGAGGAAGAUGGUGAAGAUGAGAAGCAGGAGAGCAGUGCCAGAGAUGGUGCUCUGAAGAUCACACUGCACAUCCUGAGGAACAUGAACCAGAAGGAGCUCGCUGACACACUGGAGAACAGUCUUCUAGGAGAACUUGUUGCAUGUCAACAGAAACUCAAAUACAAUCUGAAGAGGAAAUGUAAGAAUGUGUUUGAGGGAAUAGCCAAGCAAGGAAACCCAACCCUUCUCAGUAAGAUCUACACAGAGCUUUACAUCACAGAGGGUGGAAGUGGAGAUGUCAAUCAUGAACAUGAGGUGAGACAGAUCGAGGUAACGUCCAAGAGACCAGCAACACAAGAGACGCCAAUCAAAUGCAACGACAUCUUUAAAGCUUUACCUGGACAAGACAAAGAAAUCAGGACUGUGUUGACAAAGGGUGUCGCUGGCAUUGGAAAAACUAUCUCUGUGCAGAAGUUAAUUCUGGACUGGGCUGAAGGAAAAGGAAAUCAGGAUAUCCAAUUGAUAUUUCCACUUCCUUUUCGAGAUCUGAAUAUGAUGAAGGGGAAUAAAUACACCUUGAUGGAAUUUCUUCAUCACUUUUUCACGGAAACCAAAGAAUCAGGAAUCUCCAACUUUGACAAGUACAAGGUUCUGUUUGUUUUAGAUGGUCUGGAUGAGUGUCGACUUCCUCUGGAAUUCAAGACCAAUGAGCACUGUUGUGAUGUCACAAAGUCAACGUCAGUGGACGUGCUGCUGACAAACCUCAUCAAGGGGAAUCUUCUUCCGUCCGCUCUCCUCUGGAUAACCUCCCGACCAGCAGCAGCCAAUCAGAUCCCUCCUGAGUGCGUUGACCAGGUGACAGAGAUACGAGGGUUCAAUGACCAACAGAAGGAGGAGUACUUUAAGAAGAGAUACCACGACGAGCAGAACAUGGCCAACAGAAUCAUCUCGCACAUAAAGACAUCAAGAAGCCUCUACAUCAUGUGCCACAUCCCAGUGUUCUGUUGGAUCUCUGCCACUGUCCUAGAGACACUGUUGGGUGACGCACUGAGCGGAGAGAUGCCCAAGACUCUGACUCAAAUGUACAAACACUUCCUCAUCUUUACCAUACUGCACAAAAAACAGAAAUUUCCCCAAGGACCAGAGGAAGCUGAGUCAGAUUCACAGAUGAAAACAGACGAGGAGAUCCUCCUGAAACUGGGAGAACUGGCUUUCAGACAGCUGGAAAAGGGGAAUCUGAUAUUCUACGAGAAAGACCUGAGAGAGUGUGGCAUUGAUGUCGCAGAAGCGUCCGUCUACUCAGGAGUGUGUACACAGAUCUUCAGAGAGGAGAAUGGGCUGUACCAGGAGAAGCUGUACUGCUUUGUUCAUCUGAGCAUCCAGGAGUUUCUGGCUGCUGUGUACGUGUUUGUCACAUUCAACAACGACCGUUUAAAUCUAAUGGCAGAACCUGAAACCACCACCAGAAACCACCAGAUGUCUGGUGACAACCUACAGACGAACCUCCACAAGAGUGCAGUGGAUAAGGCCUUACAGAGUGAGAACGGUCACCUGGACCUGUUCCUCCGCUUCCUUCUGGGUCUCUCGCUGGACUCCAAUCAGACUUUUCUACCAGGCCUACUGACACAGAUAGGAAGCAAGUCACAGACCAAUGAGAUGACAAUCAAUCACAUCAAGGAGAAGAUCAGGGAGAAUCUCUCUCCAGAGAGGAGCAUCAAUCUGUUCCACUGUCUGAAUGAGCUGAAUGACCGUUCUCUAGUGGAGGAGAUCCAAAGCUACCUGAGAUCAGGAAGUCUCUCAGAAGACACACUGUCACCUGCACAGUGGUCAGCUCUGGUCUUUGUGUUGCUGACUUCAGAAGAGGAGCUGGAUGUGUUUGACCUGAAGAAAUACUCCAGAUCAGAGGAAGGUCUUCUGAGGCUGAUGCCAGUGGUCAAAGCCUCCAGGACAGUCCUGCUAAACGGAUGUAACCUCACAGAGAGAUGCUGUGAAGCGUUAGCCUCUGUUCUCAGUUCAAACCCCUCCCAGCUGAGAGAACUGGACCUGAGUGAAAAUGACCUGCAGGAUUCAGGAGUGAAGCUGCUCUCUGCUGGACUGGAGAGUCCGAACUGUAAACUGGAGACACUGAGGUUGUCAUUCUGUUUAGUCACAGAGGAAGGCUGUGGUUCUCUGGCUUCAGCUCUGAGGUCAAACCCCUCCCACCUAAGAGAGCUGGACCUUACCCACAAUCACCCAGGAGACUCCGGAGUGAAGCUGCUCUCUGCUGUCGUGGAAGAUCCACAAUAUAAACUGGAGAAACUCAGUGUGGAUCAUAAUUCCGAGUGUUGGUUAAAAUCAGCACUUAAGAAAUAUGCCUGUCAAUUGACACUGGAUCCAAACACAGCAUUCAAAAACCUCUCUCUGUCUGAGGAGAACAGAAAGGUGACACGGGUGGAAGAGGAGCAGACGUAUCCUGACCACACAGAGAGAUUUGAGAACUGGGAUCAGGUGCUGUGUAGAGAGGCUCUGACUGGACGCUGUUACUGGGAGGUGGAGUGGAUGGGGCACGAGGUCCAUAUUGGUGUAACAUACAGUGGAAUAGGAAGAGAAGGAAGGGGUCAUGACUGUGGGCUUGGAUACAAUAACAAGUCCUGGACUCUUAGUUGUAAUAAUGAUAUUUACACUGCCAGGUACAAUAAGAAGCCCACAACCGUACCUGACCACGCCUUCCGCUCCCACAGAAUAGGAGUGUAUCUGGACUGGCCGGCCGGCACUCUGUCCUUCUACAGCGUUUCCUCUGACACAAUGACCCACCUGCACACAUUCCACUCCACAUUCACUGAGCCCCUCUAUCCAGCAUUUCGGAUCUGGUACUGUGGCGCCUCUCUGUCCCUGUGCCAGGUACUGCUGAGCCAGGUACUGCUGAGCCAGGUACCGCUGAGCCAGGUACCGCUAAGCCAGGUAUCGCUGUGCCCCAGUGAAUACAAAGAAAGUAUUUAAAUGACAAAUUAACUGAAGCUUUGACAAACAGAACCAAAUCUUGUGGGAGCUCUGGCCUCAGGCCAGUGACAUGUUUUCAUCUGUCACAAGGGGAACUGUAGAGCACUUUAAAGCUUAGAUGUAGUUGGCAUAUAUCCAUUGUGCACUUAUCAGGAGUUGACUGUAUUUUGUGUUUGAGUUAUUCAAGUAUCAAACUAUCAGUAUUCUGAGUUCAGUUAUAUGCUAGAUUUGUAGAAUGUAAAAUAUGACAUUUUCAGUUCUAGAUCUGUUAUAUUAUUACUAGUUAAAAAAAAGCCUUUGUUUUGUAGAUCAAACUUUGAUGCGACAACACAUUUUUUUGUGUGUAGAGAUUCUGACGUUUAACCUGAGUUUUAUUCUUGGAUCGCUGAUUCGCUCGUUCAUGCCUGCCUUCACAGCAAAGGGAAUGAGUUCGUUCAUGC